AUGAAUGCCACAUACAACAAGGUCGCACGACACUGGGAACCAUGUCCAGCAUUUAUCCAAAAAGAAAACCAUGUCCUGUGCCUCAUGCCUGCGCAAGAUUUCAUCGACAUGAUCACCCCAACAUCAAACGGCGAAGAGAGAGAAUCACUAGAGCAGCACGUCCUCCGACUCAAAGCCGCCUACUCAGACUGCAAACCAAUAUACGUAAUCGAAGGAUUGACAGCGCUAAUGCGCAAGAACCGCAACGCGCGAAACAGAGCAUUCCAAGCCGAAGUCCUGCGCCAAUACGCAGAAACUGCCGCACCAGAGCCUACGACUACCACAGGUCGAGGCCGCGGACGGAAAACAAGGAAAGACACAGACCCCGCCACCCUCAUAGACGAUGAGUCUGUUGAAGAUGCUCUCCUCGAGCUACAAGUGACGCACUCCUGCCUCAUCCACCACACAACCGCGCCCCCCGACUCAGCAGAAUGGAUCAAGAAUUUCACAGAGCACAUCUCGACAGUUCCGUACCGCCGAGAACGCCAGGAAGCACACAAUGCCGCGUUUUGCAUGGACGUUGGACAGGUCAAGUCUGGCGUAGACAAGCAUGACACCUUCGUCAAGAUGAUGCAGGAGGUUAAUCGCAUUACUGCUCCUAUGGCGUAUGGUAUUGCCGGUCAGUACCCCUGCGUCACGGAUUUGGUUCGUAGUAUGCGCAUACAUGGUAAUAUGAUGUUGGAGGACAUCAAGAAAUCCGCGAACAAGAAUGGUUCGUUGACGAAUGCGCGCAUUGGGCCCGCUGCCAGUAGACGUUUGUACAAAGUCUUUACGGGUUUAGAUCCUAGUUCGACGGAUGUCUAAUUUUGGUUUUGGUCUGUAGACCUUGUGGUUAUUUUAGUGUUCUUGGAGUUUGGAAUUAGCUGGUUAAAGGAGUACCUUUGGAACUUGCAUGCACUUGGCGCGGGUUUAUGUUUUGGCGAUUGGUUUACACUUGCACUUGUGUAUCCAUUGGAGGAGACUUAGGGCCUUGAAAUACAUUCACUAUCGUCAUUUGGAGGAAAGUUGAAUAUUCUUGGAAUUGGUUGCAUGCCUGAGAGAUCCUGUCACCACCCUCAGUACAAGUUUUGUUGACGUAGGGCCAUAUUGCAAUCCAGAAACAGAUGAACCAUGCAGGAAUCGCUUUGUUGAAAAUCUAGCAAUGCGACAAUAGUGUCAAACGUAUACCCCGCUGAAAGUGCCCAUGUGUAGAUAGAUAAACAUCCAUCAAGCUAAACGCAACCCAAAGACAACCA